CGCCACUAACUUUACGAAUUAUUUCAUCGUUAGUCACCGGCCGUUACCCUCCAUUAAAUUUGUCCUACGUGGCAGUCAACUAUAAAGUUUGACCGCUAACUAGAUGACGUGGAAAUUAAAAAAAUUAUAAAAAAUAAAUUUAUUUUUCCAACUCAUCAUUCCACUUACUUUGUCUAUAUGAUUUAUUAUAUGAUUAUUUAGUAAAAAAUAAUUUUGAGGAGGAGGAUCAUCCGGCUGCACCUUUGAUCGGGAAUAUCCUCAUACCAGAAUAUGUCUCCGUCGAGAGGUACAGGGAGCUCUUGGCGUAACUCGAUCGGGAGCGGGCAGCUGGACGAGCAGCGGAGGAUUCGCAAGAAGAGGCAGGAGAGAAGUUCAAUCGAGUCAGGAAAGUUGCUCAGGAAGCAAUCCAGAAGCGAUACGAGUGCAUCAGAGAGCGAGACCAAGCGGAGAGCGAAAAAGAUGAUGCGCUGAAAUUACGAGAGCCGAUCACGGCGGAGCUGAGCAAGUACAUGAAUUUCACGGCGGCUGGCGACAGAUUUGCCAAGUCGCCCAAGUACAGCGGAAUGCCGACGGUUGUUUAUGGAGUUCUCAAGCGGACAAAUGAGAUUGUGAAGAAGAAGAAGCAAAACGCCAUUCCCACUGUCUGUCAGUCAGUUGCGCAAAUUGCUCGUGUCGGCGUCAUGACAAGAUCUCGCCCUUUCCCUUUAGCUUCUUUCUUUUCCACGCCUAAUUCCCCUCCCCCUUCCUCCUCUGCUCCUCCCACCAAGCGGAGAAAAUUCAACAACCUCGGCGCCACUGGAGCAUGAGAACACGAAUUUACGAGUGGAGGAGACGACUCGGCAACUAGCACGGCAGCAGGUGAUUCGAGUUCCGGUCGCCGGAGUGGAGAUCGAGAGAUGUUCUACAAGCCCUAGUGCGGCGGGGGCGGAUCGGAGGAGGAGGAAGUUGAUCGGCUCUGCUCCGAUGAUUCCUGCUGCUCUAGCAAUGGAUCGAGCGAGGGAGCGUCUGAAUUCUCAGAUCUGCAAGUGAGAAAGAAAAGCCCACCAGGAUUUUGGAUAAUUCGGCCAGAAUUUUAAUUUGUCUACUUUAAAAAAUUAUUAUUAUCCCCGAUCGGGAUUUUGAAUCGCCAAUGAACAGCACCGGAGGGAGGAAAAGGUUUGUAGUCGUUUUAUAAUCGAAGUCAGACUCUCUUUUAACAGUUUGUGGAUAUUCCGAUCACAGUUACAGCCGGAUGAUCCUCCUCUAUAAUUCGGUUCUCUAUACCCAAAGUUUGUAGCUUUUGUAGAAGCAGCUUCUGGCUUGAGCUUUUAUGAGAAGUACUUUUAAAAAAAAAACAGUUGAGUGUUUAGUUGAAAAUUUAUUAAAAGUGCUUUUUAAUAUGAGAGGUUGUGUAAAAUGACUAUAAAGGACUUAUAAUAUAACCUAUGAAUAAUAAUUGUAAACAAUAAAAUGUAGUCAAAAUGGAUCUUGUUAGACUUCUUUGAUAUUAAAUAAUAUAAUUUUAUACUUUAUUUUAUUUUUAAAAUGACAUAAAUGAAAGAAAAUUAUAUUUUCUGAAAUAAAACUAAAAUAUGCCAAGAAUAAUCUUGUAUUUUCAAAACAGCUUUUCGCAAAAGCUCAAAAUUAGAGCUUCUGUUUUUAUGUUUACAAAAGCUCUUUCGAUUUUUCAAAAGUCAAAUUUAUAGAGGUGUUUGGCUCUGCUCUAACUUUUGAAGUCGAAGGGGAGAAAGCAAUGUUGUCAGAACUGAACCGGAGCAUGACCCGGUAAUGCGAACGGCUCGCACUUUAGCGGUCCAACCGGCAUUAGACCGUUUAAAAACCAUUAGAGAACCGGUAUCUAAUAAACGUUAUCAGUAUAAAUAGUAGACAUUUCUAAAUCAGAGCUCAUCUCUUUCCUUCGAAAUUGUGAAAUGGAAAUAAUGAUUCAAUUUGAGAGCCCGAAGUUUUUGGUUUAUUUCAAUUUUCAAUUUCUACAAUUUUUUUAACUAAAUUUAGUGGCUGAAUGGCAAAAACCGGAUGAGCGGCUCGAUCGGCUCAAAUGGUUAACCGCCUCGGCCGCUCGCCAAUCGCUACAUAAAACCGGAGCGACUUUUAAACUGUUUCGAACCGAUUUUGUGACCGGGUGGCGGUUUUACCGGUCGGGCCGAGCGGCUCGGCUCGGCUUUAAUAACACUGGGAGAAAGAGAAUCAAUCAGAGGCCAAGCAUAGGCAAAACGUGCACGUUAGCCCUUUGCCGUUUGCAUAAUUGUGGUAUCAAGAUCAAGAUUCAAGAAGCACGCCUUGUCCCAAGUCCAUCGACAAGAGUAGAUUCGCAUGCAUCAAUUACGCUCCGGACCAAAUUAGUAACUUGGGCCCAUUUGAACUGAAAACAUUUCAUCUACACAUAAUAUAAUACACCGAAGGAAAAAACGGGAGCCCCAUUUCAAAUUUCCUGCAACGAGAGUGAAAGUAGGAAGGACAUUUUGGUCUUCACAAUUACUUUUUUUUAUUCAUUAAAAAGACACAUACUGGGAUUCGAACCAUGUCCAUUUUAAAAAAAAGCAAGAAACAUAACCAAUCACACUAAGUACAUUUGUAGUAUCUUUUUAAAUCAAAAACAUAUAAUAGCAGGGAGAAAAAACCCUUUCCCCCAUUUCAAAUUCCCUGCUCCAUGAGCGUUUGUAGGAAGGGUAGAAUAGGUAGUGUUAAUUUUUUUCUCUUUCCUCUGUGGAACGGGCCAACUUACCGUACACAUGCGGAUUUAAACGAGUUCAGGAGUGUCAAUUUUUUUCUUUAAGCCCUUGUAUUUCUCCGUGGUGAUAAAAUAUAUAUGAAAAAGCAAAAACAAUACUUCUUUUAUACUAAAAAUAAAAAAAUUUAACAAUAAACUAAUACAUGGUAUCUAAUGGGCUAACCGCUAACCAUAAAAUAAAAGAGUAGAAUGGGCCUGACCUACACCAGAUUUGGCCAUCAAGUAAAACAAAUGAACAUCAUUGGUUUGACAUUCUAAAACAAGCUAUUUUCUCUAGCAUAAUAUAUAUUAUUAUAUUAUUUUAUAUCUUAGUGGCUAAAAUAUAAUGUAGUUUAAAGUUAUUCAAUGGUUCAACCUCGACCAACCCAAUUAGUCCAAUUUUUAUCAUUUCAAAUAUAUAUUAUAUAAUUAUUUGAUAUCAUAAUGAUAAAAUUAUAGUGUAUUUUAUAGGGAAUCGCUUGGUAUUUGUUAGUAAAAAACUAAACAGAAAGAUCUAUUUGGUUAUUUUAAACAUUAAAAUGAUCCUAAACAUUUUCAGUUUCUUUUGAAUUUCUAUAGUUUUAUUCCCGAAUAAGUGAUGUGCAAAUGGCGAAUUGCAGUCAUCUAUUUCCUUUCACUAUUUUUUAUUUUCAAAUAGAAAGUUUAAAAGUAACGAAUAAUUAGAAUUUUGCAUGGUUUGGUCAAACAGGCUGAAUUUUGAGUUUUGGCCCGUUUUGAUCAAGUCUAAUUUAUAAUCACAUGGUUCCCUGAUACCCGAUAAAAAUCUCAAUCCAAACCAGUUUGGCAGGUGAGUCCGUGUUUACCACCAUUCUCUAGGAAUACGACAACGGCGGUUCCUAUCCCAAAUCGUGUUGUUCGUUCUUGAUUUCCUUAGAUUUUAUCAUGGCCUGACAAAAACCAGAAAGCACAAUGACGACAAGAUGAAAGUUUUAUAAAUCAAAUUAAUGGUGUUCUCUUUCUGAUCUCAUGUAAUUAUAUAAUGAAGUUGAAGUUUUUCG